UAAAUAGUGGACUUGCGACAGGUGUUCACACAGACAAGAUACCCAUUCUACUGUGUUCCGCCCAGCAUGUCGUUCCUAGCAAUCGAAGGCCUCCACGCCUUCGUCACCGGCGCCUGCGGUGGCAUUGGCAGCGCCAUCGUCAAAGAGCUUCUCGCAAAUGGCUGCAAAGUGACAGCCCACGAUCUACGCCCACCAGGACCCAAUGCCCUCUCAAGCCCCAACAUCUUCUACACCCAAGGCGACAUCUCCGACGAAACCUCCAUCUCUCAAGCAAUCCAACAAGCCACAUCCCACUUCGGCCCCAUCAACAUCCUCUGCGCCAAUGCCGGAAUCACCAACGAGCAAUCUCACCCCAACAUCUGGGAAAUGCCGCUCGAAACAUGGGAAAAUGUCUACCGCGUCAAUAUUCGCGGAACAUUCCUCACAAUAAAACACUUCAUCCUCGCCGCGAUCGAAAGCCAAAAAGCUGCCGGCGGGGAAGAAUUGCACAAUCUAUCCAUCGUCGUCACAGGUUCCGAAUGUGGAAAAUUCGGCCAAGCAGGUCACGCUGAAUACGCUUCAGGUAAAGCUGGAUUGCAAUACGGGCUUGUUCCUACAGUCAAGAAUGAAAUUGUGAGGAUUAAUUCCAAGGCGAGAAUAAAUGCUGUGGCACCGGGUUGGGUGAAUACGGAGCUGAUUGGAGAUCGACUCGAUGACCCGAGAGAAUUGUAUUUCGAGGCGCAAGGGACGGUUGCUUUGAGGAAGAUCGCACAAGCAGAGGAUGUUGCGAGGACGGUGGCAUUUUUGGCAAGUCAUCGUGCGAGUGGGCAUAUGAGUGGGCAAUGUCUGAGUGUGGAUGGAGGAAUGGAAGGGAGGGUGGUGUGGAGAGAGGAGGAUGUGAAAGGGAGUAAAGUUUGGGGGAAUAAAGCUGAUGCUGCUAUACCGUAGUUCAACAGUUAUCACAAAGUAUGUACGGUCUGGCAAGUGUACCGUUGUGAUAGUAAGUCAAGACUACUGGUCACAAUGCUGGUCUGCUCGUAUGCCCAAUCGGGCAGCGGCGAACAUAGG